AUUAACAACAUAAUGCCUCAUACCGUCUCCGCGUCCUCCCUUCGAUGUAGACAUUACUCUUUUCAUUCGGGCAAGACAUUUUGCUGAAGGUGUCCGGAGAACUGAAAGGGGACCAGUUUAGUUGAUUUGUGUCAUACAUUACACCUAGGAAAGAAUUUGUUUCGUGUGGUGUUGACAACAACGUAGAUAACUGGAGAAUCAUGCGCGCAAGUGGAUUUUUAUUUACACAGGACGAUAUGAAACAAAGAGGACGGGAUUCAUGGCAACACCGAUACACAAUGCUCGCCGCUUGGAUUUGGCUUUCAUUUCUAUAUUCCGCUUCGGCGCAGCUGAGAUAUACGAUAUUAGAGGAGCUUAAAGAGGGAAGUGUUGUUGGAAAUCUAGCCAAGGAUCUGGGAAUAGACGCGACUGUGAUGAAAAGGAGGGGAUUCCGAAUUAUGUCCGGCUUGAACGAACCUCUUUUUACGGUAAACGAGAACGACGGGAUCAUGUAUACUAGACGGCAAAUAGAUCGAGAGCAAGUAUGUAAAGAUAAUAAUGCAUGUUUGGUCAAUCUCAAAACAGUUCUGGAAAAUCCGCUAGAAAUACAUUAUGUAACAGUUGAGAUAGCAGAUUUAAACGAUCACGCUCCCAAAUUUCCCGAGAACAUGCAGCGACUGGAGAUCUCAGAAUCUGCAUUACCGGGAGCACAGUACCAGCUGCAGAUGGCUCGUGAUCCAGAUGGUGGUAUUAACGCGGUCCAGCAGUACACAAUCAGUCAGAAUGAACAUUUUCGGCUAGAAAUUAAAGAUCGCGGUAGAGACGGCAAAACACCAAUAUUGCAGUUACAGAGGCAGCUGGACAGAGAGGCCAAAGAUGGUCAUAAAUUUGUGCUUAGAGCUAUUGAUGGCGGAACUCCACCAAAGACAGGCACGGUUGAAAUAUACAUAGAUGUCAUUGAUGUGAAUGACAACAUGCCAAUAUUCACCAAAGAAAAAUAUUCGGCGUCGUUGCAGGAAAACGCUCCAGUGGGUACAACAGUGAUCCGAGUUAAUGCAACAGAUAUGGAUGCAGGACUUAAUGGGGAAGUAGUUUAUUCAUUUGGCAGUGACGUUAAAGAUCAGAUUAAAGAGAUAUUUAGUGUCGACUCUGUCACAGGGGAGAUCACUGUUAAAGGACACGUGGACUUCGAAGAAAAAGACAGCUAUGAUAUUGAUAUACAGGCCUCUGAUAAAGGAAGUGUUCCAUUCAAAACGUAUAAAAGUGUUAUUAUUAAAAUUGGAGACGUUAACGACAAUCCUCCUGUGAUUGAAGUUGCCUCUCUAUCAAGUGCAGUUUCAGAAGAUUCCAGACCAGGAACGACAGUGGCACUUAUUAGUAUCACAGAUUUAGAUUCUGGUGUCAAUGGAAAAAUAUUAAGCUACGUAGCUGAUGAAGAGCCAUUUAAAAUAACUCCAUCGUUUCAAGAUAACAUGUUUGCCGUAGUCACCAAAUCUGAGCUGGACAGAGAAGAAAAAUGUGUUUAUGAUCUCACUAUAAUAGCUAAGGACGCAGGUACACCUGCAUUAAAAUCACAAAGGACAAUACGUCUAAAUAUUUUAGAUGCAAAUGACAACAGUCCCGAGUUUUUGCAGAGCCCUUAUGCGUUUUACAUCUCAGAAAAUAACCCACCAGGAGCCUCUGUGUUUUCGGUGCAAGCAGUAGACCGGGAUGAAGGAGAAAAUUCUCAAAUUACAUAUAGCUUUAUGAGAACGGCAGGUAACGACCGCACUGUGACAUCAUUCCUAAAUGUCAAUUCUGAAACUGGGGACAUUGUGGCGCUGAAAAGUUUUGACUUUGAGACUCUAAAAACUUUCCAGUUCCAAGUUGUCGCCACUGAUUCUGGGACUCCGUCACUGAGCAGCAACGUCACAGUGAACGUGUUCAUUCUGGAUCAGAACGACAACGCUCCAGUCAUCCUGUAUCCACUCAGCUCCAAUGGUUCUGCUGAAGGUGUGGAGGAGAUUCCACGCAACGUGAACGCAGGACACUUGGUGACUAAAGUCAGAGCUUAUGACGCUGAUAUAGGAUAUAAUGGCUGGUUGCUGUUUUCACUGCAGGAAGUUACUGACCACAGUCUGUUUGGUUUGGACCGCUACACUGGACAGAUCAGAACACUUCGCUCAUUCACAGAGACAGACGAGGCUGAACAUAAACUGGUCAUAAUGGUCAAAGAUAAUGGCAACGUUUCACUCUCAGCAACAGCUACUGUGAUUGUUAAACUGGUGGAGCCAAAAGAAGCUUUUGCAGCUUCUGAUGUUAAAAGUGCUGCAAAGGAUGAUGACGAUGAUCAUGUGACUUUUUACCUGAUGAUCACUUUGGGAGCCGUUUCUGUUUUGUUUAUCAUCAGUAUCAUCGUACUGAUUGCUAUGCAGUGCUCCAAAUCUACAGACUAUACUUCUAAAUAUCUGCAAGAGACUAAUUAUGAUGGGACACUUUGUCACAGCAUCCAGUACAGAUCUGGAGACAAACGGUACAUGUUAGUUGGACCCAGAAUGAGUAUUGGAUCUACUAUAGUACCUGGAAGUCAUGCAAACACACUAGUGCUGCCUGACAGGAGGAGAACAUCUGAGGAGGUAAGAUAAACAUUGUUGUG